CCCAGCUGACGGGCCUUUUGUUGAGAUGGAUGAGGACUGGUGAGAUAGAGAAGUGGGGAAUACAGAAUGGCCUCUUCCCCCAGUAAGUGGUCAAGAGAGUCAUUUUCAGAGUUCUGGAGGUGACCAGAGAGAUUGAUGAUGGAGUUGCUUAGGAACCCACAGCAAGGCAGGGCCAACAGAGCAGCAGCUUCCGUGUGCAUGGGACCCGGCAUUGCCCUCCCUGCUGUGCUGGGGGAUGGAGACUCUCAAACGUCUAAUGGUUGAAAUGCCUGAGACAUUGUCUGAAGAAAGCAGAAACUCUGUCAACAUGGCUUCAGAAAUCACUUAUGCUGAAGUGAAGUUCAGCAAUGGAACCGUGGCCUCAGGCGUCCAUCCAGGCUCCGCUGCAGCGCCCAGACCGACGACAACGCCUCACAGAAGUAACCCUGGUUUUCCCAAGUUCCUCGCGGCCUCUUUGCUGGCAUUCCUCCUGCUCCUGGCAGUCUCGCUCCUCGUCGCGUUUAUUAUUUUCUUUCAAAAAUAUUCUCAGCUUCUUGAAGGAAAAAAGACUUUAAAAGAACUAAAUCACACGGCGUUGGAGUGUCUGAAAAAGAAUGUUAAAGAGAAAACCUGGAGCUGCUGCCCAAAGAACUGGAAGCCAUUUACUUCCAGCUGCUAUCUGAUUUCCUCGGACUCCAGAUCUUGGAAUGAGAGUCAGAGCUACUGCUCUGCCAUGGCCGCGCACCUGCUGGUGAUCAACAGCAAGGAGGAGGAGAAUUUCAUCAUCACAAAUCUGCAAAAUAAUCUGGGUUACUAUGUGGGACUGUCAGAUCCAGAGGGUUGGAGACGUUGGCAGUGGGUUGAUGAGACACCAUAUGAUGGAAACGUCACAUUCUGGCAUAAGGGUGAACCCAACGAUCGGAACGAACGUUGCGUUAUGUUAAAUUUUCGUUAUGUUCCGAACGCCUGGGGCUGGAAUGAUGUCCAGUGUGCUCAGCGUCAAAUGUCAAUUUGUGAGAUGGCGGAGAUCUACUUAUGAACUAACGUUGUCCGUGAAUGUUUGGUUGGAUUCACACCCAGCAAGACAGAGCCAGCUGUGCUUACUUAUGUGUAAGGAAUGCUUAUCAUGUUUUAUGCACAUGGUCGGUUAUUCCAUCCAGGAGAGAAUGAAUCAACACACUGCUUUCCUGACUCAUUAGGAAACCUUUAUUGAGCAUUUUCCAUAUGCCAGAGACUCUGAUGGAUACUCUUGGCUUGUUGUUUGCUGAUGGAAUGAAACGAUGGGACUCUUCCACUCAUCUCACCUUUCUUUUUCUCCUCCCAGCUUCGUUGAUGUAUAGUUGACAAAUAAAAUCAUAAACAUUUAAA